AUGCCUGACACAGAGAUGAGAUCGACUGACCCUAGGACCUCAGAGCAGAAGGCCCACCCUGCUGCAUAUUCUGCGAUUGAGAAGAAGGAGAAGGGCUGCUCACCUCUCUGCCAGUCUAUUCGUAACAUCCUUUUCAUGUUCAGGAAGAAGUCCUCUGACAGCCAUACACGUCCUGCGAUUUCUGAGCCAUCUUCUCUGCUUUCACCUUCGACACUGACAAGAACGCAGCAUUCCUCGAUCCAGAAUCUCGAUCAGCACUCGAUGAUCAAGCAGCAUCUGGCACAGCUCGAGAGAGGGAAAUCACCCUCUUCUCCUGUGCAUUCCUCUCCUACCUCCAUCGGAUCUCCUACUCCUAUGCGUGUUCGAAACAUAGCAGACAUAGGAUCGACUAAUGCAUGCACAAGUCCCGCUUCGAGCAUAGGUGCCUAUUCGAUACUUGAUUCUUAUGGCGGGCUGUGUGCUACGUCAUCACUCUCUGCGUAUUUGGAUCGCUUGACAUCUGAACCGUUUAGUCCGCAUCCACUCUCAGUGAACUCAGAUCAUUUGACGUCGCAGCCAUCAACUGCAAGGACGCUGACAGCUUUUAAUGAAGGUUGGAGGCUGGCGCUGAAGCAAUUCACUCUCCUUGAUCCUUCCGCUCUAGACAUGACUGUCAUAUUGCCUGCUUCCAGGUAUUCCACAGAUGAUUCUUCCCAGAACGACCCACCUACAUCAGCAGAUCUCCCUGCAUCCAUUCUGAAGGAAGCUGGCCCGCAACCUAGCUGUCGUCCUGUCAUACGGUUAGAUAUAGACACCAGCGCGUGGAAGUCGCCUGUGGUACUCCAUGACGAGCUGUCAAAAGCACAUCCAGAUUUGAUAAACAUCGAGCUGCAGAACAUGGUAAAGGCUGUAGGGCAGUCCGUGAGCCACUUACGAGGACAAUCCAAGGUGGAUGGUACUACCAUAAAGGAUAUAUGUCUUAGGGUGAACCAGAUCCUGGAGGAGAUCCAGCGUAGACCCGUGCAGGAUGUGCAACCCACGGAUCAUCUGUCUAGCAUCACGGAGCAGCUGGAGACGUUGUAUAUGCAUGCGAAGAUGGAUAAGCUGAUUGUGUUCUAUGAAAACCUAGAGGAUGGUCAUAAUCUCUCUUCUCAGAGAGAAGAGCCAAGCGCAGAAAUCGACCAACAAUGGCUCGAAGUGUUCGUCAACCACGGAACUUCCCACAUCGAAAGUGUCACUGCGGGCGUCCAGCAGUUGUGCACCCUCCUGGGCGAUAUCUGCAGGCUGCUCAUCGAGAACCAAAGCCAUGAAGAGCAGUCUACGGCGUUGCAUGCGUCCGUCAAUGGGUUAAUCGCUGCUGUUCAGGAAGACCUACGCAAGAAUGCAGAGGCUUGA